AUGGUACUUGAUAAACAUCGCGGCACGUUCUUGCGCGUGUACACGGAAGCAGAUAUCAAAUGUCAAGACACGAGUGACACCGAUCCUUUUCCUGCCUAUCUCGAGGGAAUCGACACAACCCUCGCGCCAUUCUGCCCCACUUCGGCUAAUCGUGUCCUGCAAGCCCUCGAGAUGGCAAAUGUGAGCCGAGAUGACCGUUUAUUGGAUCUAGGUUCAGGCGAUGGCAGGUUCUGUACAGCAGCAGUAGCUGUUUAUGGAGCAGCACACGCAAUGGGGAUAGAGUCAGAUCCGAGUCUGAUCGAAGUAUCCAAAUCACUCUGUCAGCAGGUUGCUACUGCUAAUGCUGCCACUGCUACUGCUGCUGGUGAUGGUGGUUUUGUUGGCAAGGAAACACAAGAGGAGGAAAAUGCUUGUUCAAAAGUAGAAUUUGUUGAGGGCGAUCUGCUGGCCCUACCAGUGUUAGUGAGGGAUCCUAGGUGGACUGUCAUAGUGUUGUUUCUCUUGCCAGACCACACAGACAAAUUUGCAGAUCUACUACGCUAUCAUUAUGAUCGUGGGGCUCGUAUCGUCAGCUUGGUAUUUAAUCUCAAUGAAAUCCAAGGCCUCUCCCUCAAGGUGUCCGACGAACCCCAAGGAAUUUAUGUCUAUGAGAAACCAUAG